AUGAUCAGUGAUCAAAAUUGUGAUUACCUCAUUGAAGCAUUCAAGAAAAUACAUUGUAAUGAUGCUGCAAAACGACUUCAAGAAUAUCAACGAAUACGGAAUCCAUACAGUCAACGAAGUUUCUCAUCUAAUUCUAUUCGUUUACUCGACAACAACGAAGAGGAUAAAUUUUGCUUGUCUGGUGCUGGAAUACCACAUCAAACAAAGACGGUCGUUCGAGCGCGAGGUUUUGAAAUAAUUGAAAUGGAUACAACUGCCUCAACGGAUGGAUCGGGUACAAAGUCGACAAAAAUGAAUCCAUAA